AGGCUGAAGAAUAUGUGUUUUGGAAGGUGUCAAUAGCUACGAUUGGGGUAAGAUCCAUAUAGUUUGUUCUACACUAUGAAGCAGACACUGAUAUAUCCUCACAGGCAAGGUCGGCCAUGAGUCGGCUGCUGCCAAGUAUGCUGCAACUACAGCAGCUUCCGAUUUUUCAAUACAGUCAGACAAGCCUUAUGCUGAGGUACUUUCUUUCUUCACAAUGGCUAUCGACAAAGAUAGAAACGCUGACCCCGAUGACGUAGUUGUGGAUGGGAACACACCCAUCACUCCCUUCGAAAGAUCUCGAGACUCAGCGCACCUUACUGGAUAUGGUUCAGGACAACCAGGCAUUGAUAUCUCAAGAGGUCAGCGAACGAUAUGGCGGAAAGCUUCCCUUCCUGUUCAAGGUGCUGUCCAUCAGAAAGGCGCUCAGCAUUCAGGCCCAUCCGAACAAGAAGCUGGCAGAAAAGCUUCAUGCCAGGGAUCCUCGCAACUAUCCAGGCCUUUGCGGCUUCCGUCCUCUGGCUGAAAUCACCCACUUCCUCAAAGCGGUCGCGCCUCUUCGUCAAUUGGUAGGCGACCAGGCGGCCAGCGAAUUUGAGAACACAGUCAAGGGCUCGGAGGAAUCGGAGGACCCCGCGGUGGCCGAGAAAAAUAAGCAGGCUCUCCGCACCCUCUUCACCUCUCUGAUGAGGUCCUCUCCUGAAAGUAUCGAGGCCGCAACAAAGGAACUUGUCGCGAUGGCCCAGAACGCGCCCGAGACCUUUGCGACGUCAUCCAGCACACCGGAGACCAGUCCCACUAAUCCUGCGGAACUGGCCGCCAUCACCGUGCGCCUCAACGGACAGUUCCCCAACGACAUCGGCUCCUUCGUGUUCUUCUUCCUCAACUUUGUCAAGCUGGAACCGGGUGAGGCUAUGUUCCUCAAGGCUGAUGACAUCCAUGCAUACAUCUCCGGAGACAUCAUUGAGUGCAUGGCCUCGUCGGACAACGUUGUGCGGGCAGGCUUCACACCCAAGUUCAAGGACGUGGAUACGCUGGUUGACAUGCUGACAUAUUCCUACGCUCCCAUCGCUGAGCAGAAGCUUGAGCCGACCGACUAUCCCUAUGCAGUCCUCAAUGCCCCUGCUUACUCUAGCGGCUCCUCCUGCAUCCUUGUGGUCAAGACAGAUCUCAAGCGGCAAGGUGCCAAGGCGACGUUCGACGGAAUUUCGGGCCCGAGCAUUGCAAUCUGCACCGCCGGAGCGGGUAAGAUAACAGUCGGUCCCAAGACGGAGGAGGUCAAGGAGGGAUAUGUGUUCUUUGUUGGAGCCAAUGCAGAAUGUAUCAUUGAGAGCACGGGAGAAGAUACCUUUACAACGUUUAAAGCGUUCUGUGACUUGACCGGGAAGGAGGACAUGGUAAACGGAAACUAGAAAAUCGGUUGCCAGCUCAAAUAUCUUUUCCUUAUUCCAUUCAAUUAACCCUGCCAUCCUUUCAUCUCAGCGA